GCUCUUGCUCACUGGGGUAGCUGGGACCGUUAGCUCGCCAGGCUGGCAGGUUCCGGGGCCCAGCUCCGCCGGCCGCCGGGAUGGAGACGUUGCGAGCACAGCGGCUGCAGCCCGGCGUAGGUGUCGGUGGGAGAGGCACUUUGCGAGCGCUGCGGCCGGGGGUGACCGGGGCCCCGACUAGCGCCGCCACACCCCCCGCGGGCCCGCCGCCCGCCCCGCCGCCCCCCGCCCCGCCCCCGCCUCCGCUGCUUCUAGCUGGGGCCCCCGGGCUGCCCCUGCCCCCCGGCGCCGCGGGGAGUCCUGCGGUGCUGCGCGAGGCGGUGGAGGCGGUGGUAAGGAGCUUCGCCAAGCACACGCAGGGCUAUGGUCGAGUGAAUGUGGUGGAGGCCCUUCAGGAAUUCUGGCAGAUGAAGCAGUCUCGGGGCGCUGACUUGAAGAACGGGGCCCUGGUGGUGUACGAGAUGGUCCCCUCCAACAGCCCUCCGUACGUCUGCUAUGUCACUCUGCCUGGGGGGAGCUGUUUUGGGAGUUUCCAGUUUUGCCCGACAAAAGCUGAGGCCCGGAGAAGUGCUGCAAAGAUUGCAUUAAUGAACUCCGUGUUUAAUGAGCAUCCAUCCCGAAGAAUUACUGAUGAAUUUAUUGAGAAGAGUGUCUCAGAGGCCCUGGCAUCUUUCAAUGGUAACAGAGAGGAAGCUGACAACCCAAACACGGGGAUUGGUGCCUUCCGGUUCAUGCUGGAAUCGAACAAGGGCAAGUCAAUGCUGGAGUUCCAGGAGCUGAUGACAGUUUUUCAGCUGCUGCACUGGAACGGCAGCCUUAAGGCCAUGAGGGAGAGGCAGUGCUCUCGGCAGGAGGUGUUGGCUCAUUAUUCACAUCGGGCCUUGGAUGAUGAUAUUCGCCACCAAAUGGCUUUGGACUGGGUGAGCAGGGAGCAGAGUGUGCCAGGGGCAUUGUCAAGAGAGCUGGCUUCCACUGAACGGGAGCUCGAUGAAGCCCGGCUGGCGGGCAAAGAGCUGCGCUUCCACAAGGAGAAGAAAGAUAUUCUCAUGCUGGCUGCUGGGCAGCUGGGCAAUAUGCAUUCUUCCAGCUGCUAGGCAUCUACCCUCUGCUUGCCAUGGCUCUUCAGGCCCUUUUUUGUAUGUCUCCUUUUUAAGACGUAGGAUGAUGAUUUCUGUAUAUACUUUCUCAAUUUUAUACUUUAAAAUAUAGAUAUAUAUGUAUAAAUUCUACACCGGCCUUCCUAUUUGCUAAGAGAUCCCUUUUCUAACUUCCAGUUUGGGGAUGUAGUUACCUUUGAAAUAUCACUGUUCCGUUUUAGAGCGUGGUUGGCUCUUAAACCUUCAGAUUAUCUAAGUCACUAACAUGUACAAUUUACUAAGUGUUCAUGUCUCUUUCUUUUAAAACAGCAGACAGCUGCAUGAUGAUUCAUAAUUAUGAUCUCUGCACUCAGGAGUCUGAGGCAGCAUUGCUGUGAAUAUGAGGCCAGCCUGGAUUACAUAGUAAGUUCCAGGUCAGCAUGGGCUACAGUGUGUAAGAUCCUGUCUCAGACCCCUCUCCUCCCACAUAUAAAACCACAGUGGGAAUAAGGAGCAUGUGCUCCCCCCGUCCUGUAUUCUUGGUUUCUACUAGGCUAAAACAGGGUGGGAGCGUCAGGUUUUGUUUUGGAGUGACCUUCCGGCACACCUCUCUUGCUCACUUCCCUUCUUCCUUGCCUCUAAGUGCUCCUUCAUUUGGAGGCUUCCCCACCUUAUCCAGAAGGAGAUCUGACUUCCUUUUGUUUUGUGAGGCAUCUUAUUAUGGCCUGGAACUCAUCCUAUAGACUAGGAGGGCUUCAUGCUUGUGGUUGUAUCCUGCUGAGAUCAUAGGCAUGGGUCACAAUGCCUGGCCUGGUCUUUAUUUUAAAGUCACUCCUGAGAAACUGCCUAAGAACAAGAGAAUUAUACACCCAGUUCAUAUGGGGUGGAUAGGGGGCACUACCUAAGCUGCUUCUGGGCUUAUCCACCCCUGCUGGCAGUCUAGGUUGGAUGUGAGAGGAGGGUAAGGGUUGAGGCUACUUGCCAUUCACCAUUUCCCGGAGUCACUUCUCUUACUCACCAGACUUAAUAAAGACAUACUUGCACAUAUAUACACA